AUGUCCUCUUUAAAUGGUCAAGCAGUAAUACUCAAAGACCGUGCACAGGCUCUUGCACAUUAUCCGCACGCCAGAAUCGCGGGCGGUUUCAUCUUUGUUUCAGGAAUUUCGUCACGACGGUUGGAUAAUACAUACGAAGGCGUGAUUGAACGCCCAGACGGCACAUUAGAUCUCGACAUUCGCGCACAAACACGUGCCGUCAUCGUCAAUAUUUCUGCCAUUCUCGAUUCUGUCGGAGCUUCCUUGAAGAACAUCAUCGAUUUAACUGUAUUCUUGAUCGACAUGAAAGAUUAUGCUGCAUUUAAUGAAGUUUACAACGAGUUCUUCUCAGCCGAAACUGGACCAUCAAGGACUACUGUGGCUGUUAAGGAAUUACCGUCGCCAAAGUUAUUGAUUGAGAUCAAGGCCAUAGCUCUAGCGUCAUAA